ACUGAUACAUCUGUUAUAAUAACCAGAUUUUGAUACUCUUCAAACUAUCAUAAAUUAAGGUGAAAUUACGACAAUAUCGACAUCGUUUCAGCUCAAUGAACUUAGUCUUCUUGAAUAAUAAGCAGCGAAUUUCCAAGCCCAAAUUGAUUCCAUUUCACCUUAUUUAUUCCGUAUCAUUUUCUUGUCAUCAACAUUUUAACAAAACAGAACCCACUCGUUCUUCUUCGUAUGCUGAUCAUAACACCAACAACAAUGAAGAUAAAAGUUCAGAAGACAAAUUGCAUCUAUGCAAAAGCAAAGGUCAACACUUACUCACUAACCCACGUAUACUCGACACAAUUGUCACCAAAUCAGCUGUUAAGUGUACUGAUACUGUUCUGGAGAUCGGUCCCGGUACCGGUAAUCUCACCCUCAGACUUCUCCAAGCUGCUAGAAAGGUUGUAGCAGUUGAGAUUGAUAAACGGAUGGUUGAGAUUCUGAACAGACGUGUUUCUGAACAUGGGUUUCAGGAGAAACUUGAUGUUGUACGUGAAGAUGCAUUAAAGGUUAAGUUUCCUGAAUUUGAUAUUGUGGUUGCUAAUAUUCCUUAUGGGAUAUCGUCUCCUCUUGUGACGAAAUUGGUGUACGGAGUGAAUAAGUAUAGAAGUUUAACACUUUUACUUCAGAAAGAAUUUGCCAGGCGUUUAUUGGCAAAACCUGGUGAUUCUGAGUAUAAUAGAUUGGCUGUGAAUGUGAAGUUAGUGGCUGAUGUGGAGUUUGUGAUGAAUGUCAGCAAACGGGACUUUGUUCCGUGUCCUAAAGUUGAUUCUUCGGUGGUGAUUAUUCGUCCGAAGAAUAGUGAUGAUGUCCCUGAUGUGAAUUUUGAUGAAUGGAAGGCUUUCACGAGGACGUGUUUCAGCAACAAGAAUAAAACGCUGGGUGCGAUUUUUAAGCAGAAGAAGAAGGUCAUGGAGCUCGAAAGAUUAUCCAUGAUAAAGGGCUGCAAUAGCGAAAAGGAGAUUAAUACUGACGACAAAGAUGAUGAUAAUGAGGAGAGUGAUGGAGAAGACAGUCAUAUAAUCAGUUGCUCCGAAAUGAAGUUGAGUUCGUAUAAGAAAAUGAUUAUUGGGGUUUUAGAAAGUAAUGGUUUUGAAGGUAAGAGACCGACGAAAAUGAGUAAUGAAGAGUUGCUGAAGCUGCUUUCUUUGUUUAAUCAAGCUGGAGUAUAUUUUCAUGGCCAAGCAAGUGAAAGUAAAGUGGAUUAGUAAAGCACUUGCUGAUGAUUGUUAGUUAAUUUCUAUCUCUUACAUGUUUGCUAUUUUCAGAUUUCUUUUCCCCACUGAAGAAUAAUUCUGAAAGUAGGGGAGAAAAUCAGAGAUUGUUGUAGGAGAGUCAUGUAUUUUUUUUACACAUAACAAGAAACGCUUAGUGAGCAAUCAAAAUGGGAGAAGCAGGGCUAUGUGGUGUCAACUCUGAAGCAUUAACAUGAAAUUCUCGAGUUCCUUGUACAUAUAAACUCACGGCUUGCGAGUUUUGGCUGCGUUGACCAUAAUUCGCCAUCAACAAUAGAAUUGCCACUGCCACUCUACCUGUCUAUAUUAACCGGAUUCUUGAAACUGCGUAGAUUGUGCAUUCACAUACAAAGUAAAUGAGAAGAGUUAUGUAUCGUAUAUCCGCAACUUGAAGAGUAAAGAUAAUGUGUUGAGCAUAGUAGACUCAAGAUUUAUUGAUGUUAUCAAGGUUAUGAGAAUUGCAGUUUUGUGCAGUGCGAGACUUCCAUUCCAACAGAGUGAGAUCUAUAUUGGAAAGAAUUCGCAAAUUCUGUUAGUUCUCUUGUUAGUUACAAUAGGUAUAUGACUAUUAGUGGACUUGUGUUAUACUGCCGCACUUUUUUUUCCAUUACUCCCAUUGACCA